UCAAAAACCAAGAAAUUAGAUAAAGAGGAGGUUACUGAAAUUAUUGAUAAUACUGGUGAUGAAAGUGUUUUUUUAGAUGAGAAUGUUGAUUCUAGUAAUGUAGAUUUACUUGUUGAGAGAGCUAUAAAUACUUUAUUGAAUGU